GUAAUUUACAUAAAGUUGGAGGGUAAGGCAACAUGUACGUAAAUAAAUAAAGAGGCGUACGAGGGAGGAGCAAGAAACAACCUCAAAUCCCUUUCUUGUGUCGAUUAGAUUACCUUCCCCAAGAGUUUCGAGACCUUCUCUUCCUCUCAGCGCAACACAUCGCACUGUUUUGGCGGUUAAAGAUGUCGGGAAAAGGGGCGAAGGGGUUGAUCACAGGCAAAACCUCUGCCACCAACAAAGACAAGGACAAAAAGAAACCCAUUUCACGUUCUUCUCGUGCCGGCCUUCAGUUCCCAGUUGGCCGUAUCCACCGGUUAUUGAAGUCGAGGACAACGGCUAAUGGUAGAGUUGGUGCUACAGCCGCUGUGUACUCUGCUGCUAUCUUGGAGUAUCUCACUGCUGAAGUAUUGGAGCUGGCAGGGAAUGCUAGCAAGGAUCUUAAGGUCAAACGUAUUACUCCAAGGCAUUUACAGCUAGCAAUCCGUGGAGACGAAGAGCUUGAUACCCUGAUAAAAGGAACAAUUGCUGGAGGAGGAGUGAUUCCUCACAUUCACAAGUCUCUUAUCAACAAGUCUUCCAAGGAGUAGAUUACUAAUGAACAUUAGCUGUUGAUGGAAAGUUUCUGUCUUUACUAAUUGUGUAUCUGUUGCAUGCACUUGAAAAAACAGUAGGGCCUGCUAUUUAUGACUGAGUUGCUGUUGUUGAUCAUGGAUAUAAUAUUUAGUCUUUUUCUUUUAUCAGUUUAGUAUGUCUCUAUCACUGAAAGUCUCAAUUGAGGAUAAUUUAAUCUGAUGAUUUCAAUUAUGGUUAGAUCCAGUCUGUUGUUUUUGGCA